AUGGCAGGCAGAAAUAAAUGUCAGAGUUGCAAUGGAAAUGCGACUUUAAAGGAUUCGUUACAAUGUAAAUUAUGUAGUUCAGUGACUAUGCAUUGGAAAUGUAGUGGAGUAACUGAACCAACAACAAAAGAACUCCUGCAGGCUGUUAAUUUCGUCUGGAUAUGUAAAAACUGCCUUGAACAUAUUGACAUGUUUAGAUCGAAUAAACAACUAAGUGAGUUGACAGAGGAGAUAAGAAAGUUGCAAGAAAGCAACGUCUCACUCAGUAAUCAGGUAAAGAUUGUUCAAAACAAACUUGACAGCAGAGAUGAUAACGAAAGUAUUGAUGACAGGAUUGUGGUGCUGCAGGAAAAUCUUAAAAAAUCUUAUGCAGAUACUCUAAAAGAUGUUGUGACUACAAAUGUUGUGAAGUUAAAUGAUGAGGUGAUAAACGACUGUUUCCAAGCGUUAAAAAAGGAGAUGAUCGAGACGAAGGAAGCAGUCAGCGUUGAGUUCAAAAAUGUGCAGAAGACACUGGUCGAGGCAUCUGAGGCUAAAGAGAAAGAAAGAAAUAUUAUGUUGUUCCGACUGUCAGAACAUGGUGAUGACAAAAAGCGCAUCAUUCAAAUAUUUAAGCAUUUGACAGAUGAUGCUGUAAAUGACAAGGAUGUCAUUAAAAUAUUAAGAUUGGGGAAGAAAAAGGAAAACUCAAAUAGGCCAUUGCUGAUUAAAAUGGACAACAUAAAAAUUAAAGCCCUUAUAAUGAGCAAUCUCUCGAGACUAAAACUGUUAAACAAUGAAUUUGGUAAUAUUAGCCUCAGCCAUGACUUAACCAAAGAUCAAAGAAUUGAACUAAAGAGUUUGGUGGACGAGGCUAGAAAACAAGAGGCAGCAAGUGGUGAUUUUUUGUUCAGGGUGAGGGGUCCUCCAGGAAGAUGGAAGAUCAUGAAAUUACCGAUGGUCAAGAAAUGA